CUACUUCUUCUUCCACCCUCUUCACAAAUCUCGAAAUUGAAAACUCUCUCCAACUCUCUCUCUCUCUGUUUAUCCAGACUGUACUGGACAACCAUGUCCGGCAGCACCACCGGCGACACCAAUGUGGAGGAAGAGUCCAUCACCGUUUCGUUGCUCUCGGCGCAACGAUCCGUUCCCAACUCCACCUCCCAAGUCGCCAUCGUCGGCUCCAAAGUCUGUCCCAUCGAGAGCCUCGACUACGAGAUAUUCGAGAACGAGAUGUUCAAGCAGGACUGGAGGAGCCAAGGGAAGUUGCAGAUAUUGCAGUACAUAUGCAUGAAGUGGCUCUUGUGCUUCCUUAUCGGCUUGACCGUCAGCGUCGUCGGCUUCUGCAACAAUCUCGCCGUUGAGAAUCUCGCCGGCGUCAAGUUCGUCGUCACCUCCAACAUGAUGUUGGAGAGUAGGUAUGGUAUGGCAUUUCUUGUAUUUUCGGUGUCUAAUUUGGUUCUGACUCUCUUUGCGUCUAUAAUUACGGCGUUUAUAGCACCGGCGGCUGCUGGGUCGGGUAUUCCGGAAGUGAAGGCAUACUUGAAUGGCGUGGAUGCGCCCGGAAUAUUUUCCUUACGGACUUUGUUUGUUAAGAUAAUUGGCAGCAUUUCUGCAGUGUCAUCAUCACUACUUGUGGGAAAGGCAGGGCCCAUGGUCCAUACUGGUGCAUGCAUUGCAUCAUUGCUGGGUCAGGGUGGGUCGAAGAAAUACCGUUUAACAUGCAAAUGGCUUCGUUUUUUCAAGAAUGAUAGAGACCGACGAGAUCUUGUAACGUGUGGAUCAGCAGCUGGAAUUGCUGCUGCUUUCCGUUCCCCUGUUGGUGGUGUGCUGUUUGCUCUUGAAGAGAUGGCUUCUUGGUGGAGAAGUGCCCUUCUUUGGAGAGCUUUCUUUACAACAGCUGUUGUUGCAAUUGUACUCCGUGCUUUCAUUGAUCUUUGUUUAAGUGGCAAAUGCGGACUAUUUGGUACAGGGGGGCUGAUAAUGUUCGAUGUGUAUUCAGCCAAUAUUUCAUAUCAUCUUGACGAUGUGCCUCCUGUGCUUGCCCUUGGUAUUAUAGGGGGCAUAUUGGGUAGUUUAUAUAAUUUUCUUUUGGAUAAGGUUCUCCGAAUAUACACUCUCAUUAAUGAGAAAAGCAUUUUUAACAAAAUUUUUCUUGCUUGCUUGAUCUCCAUUUUCACAUCCUGUCUUCUUUUCGGAUUACCAUGGCUUGCAUCUUGCCGAAUUUGUCCAGCUGAUGCAACUGAAGCCUGUCCUACAAUAGGCCGCUCUGGUAACUACAAGAAGUUCCAGUGUCCUCCUGGUUACUACAAUGAUCUUGCAAGUCUCAUUUUUAACACAAAUGAUGAUGCUAUCAGAAAUCUUUUUAGUAAAGGCACCGAUUCCGAGUUCCAACACUCCUCAGUUCUUAUAUUCUUUAUCACCUGCUUUUUCUUAAGCAUCUUUAGCUAUGGGGUUGUUGCUCCUGCCGGUCUCUUUGUGCCUGUUAUUGUUACUGGUGCAUCUUAUGGACGUCUGGUUGGAAUGUUACUUGGUUCACACUCUAAUCUUAACCAUGGCCUUUAUGCUGUGCUUGGUGCUGCUUCCUUUCUUGGUGGGUCUAUGAGGAUGACAGUUUCUCUCUGUGUAAUUAUCCUAGAAUUGACCAAUAAUCUACUAUUGCUGCCAUUGAUAAUGCUGGUGCUUCUUGUUUCCAAGACUGUAGCAGAUGCUUUCAAUGGCAAUAUCUAUGACCUUAUCAUGAAAGCCAAGGGUUUUCCUUAUCUUGAGACUCAUGCUGAGCCAUAUAUGAGGCAGCUGACAGUAGGUGACAUUGUCACAGGCCCGCUGCAGCUCUUUAAUGGCAUUGAGAAGGUAAGUAAUAUAGUACAUGUUCUUCGAACUACAAAGCACAAUGGCUUCCCUGUAAUUGAUGAGCCUCCGCUUUCCGAAUCCCCAGUUCUUUUUGGUAUAAUCCUACGAGCUCACCUUAUUACAUUGUUAAAGAAGAAAGCUUUCUUAUCCACCCAAGUCCCAACAGGCAUUGAUGCCUGGAAGCAGUUUUCAGCGGAGGAUUUUGCAAAGAGGGGUUCAGGCAAUGGUGACAAGAUAGAAGAUAUUGGAUUAACUGAGGAAGAGAUGGAAAUGUUCAUAGAUUUACAUCCUUUUACUAAUGCUUCUCCUUAUACUGUUGUGGAGACAAUGUCGCUAGCAAAGGCUCUCAUACUUUUUCGAGAAGUCGGUUUAAGGCACCUGCUGGUGAUACCCAAGAUCUCUCUUAGAGCCCCUGUGGUGGGUAUAUUAACUAGGCACGACUUCAUGCCAGAACACAUAUUAGGUUUGCACCCACUGCUGGUAAGGAGCAGGUGGAAAAGAUUAAGAAUCCGGUUCCCGUCUUGGGGUAAAAUCUUUUAGGGUUUCUCGGCAAACAUCAGAGCAUAGUCAUGAGAAUAAGUUUGUACAUAGUUUUAAUGGAGCUGCAGGUUACCGAAUCAUUACAGAACUGGCUUUUUUUCUUCUUUUCCAAUAUCUUUACAAAGUUCAGAGCUGAAGAGGGCCAGGUAUGGACAAAUCUUGUUCAAUUAACAAUAUGAUGAACAAAGUGAUUGUUUCAUGAACCAUUACUUGUGCCAACUCUUGUAUAUUGUGGUACAUUAAAUAAAUUAUUAAUGCUAUCUUUUGGGAAUUUUUACUUGAAAAUUUA